AUGGUUAAAAGCCCGUACCUGCCGCCUUUCACCUUGUCUCCGUGCUUCGCUUCUCUUACCUUCGGUCCCGAGGGUCCGGUGUCUCCAGGCCUUCCGGAUACCAGAGAAGAUGAUACAUACAAUAAUUUCAAUGAUGGAUUGAAUGGAUUUAGUCUUUUUGGAUCGGGCGUCAUCCGCAGCGGUGAAGUUCUGUCUGUAAUUCCGCCAACUUUAGAGGAUCCGGCGCUCCGCCGCAAUUUGUCCGACGCGAGACCCAGAGCGCGCAGAGGAGAACCAGUGCGCACGGCGUGGGAGGGGGAAGAAGGAGGAGUUCACGGUAUUAGUCUGGAGAUGAUGGUUGCACCAGAGCGCGCACGGGCCAAAACUUUACGAAGCAAGUGCAGCAUUUGGCUCUUUCUAGCUGGGUUCCCGGCGCGUGCUUGCCCGGCUGCUCAGGUCAUGCUGGUGUGGCUCUUCAGGUGCCUGCGCAGCACGCUGCCGUCCGAGAAGGCCUUCCCGCACUGCGCGCACACGUACGGCCGCUCCCCCGUGUGCACGCGCAUGUGGACCGUCACCUUGUGCGCCAUGGUGAAGCCCUUGCCGCACACGGCGCACUUGAAGGGCCGCUCGCCCGUGUGCGUGAGCCGGUGCGUGCGCAUGGCGCCCAUCUGGGAGAAGGCCUUGCCGCAGUCCGGGCACACGUGCGGCUUCUCGCCGGUGUGGACCCGCGUGUGGCUCCGCAGCCCCCCCGCCGUGGAGAAGCACUGCGAGCAGUGCGUCGUAGCGGUUGCGGAAGCCGCGGCCGCACACGGCGCAGCUCUCGGGCCGCUCGUCGCUGUGCCGCAGCUCGUGGUUGGUCAGGCACUUCUCCGACAGGAAGCACUUGCCGCACUCCGGGCAGCGGUAGGGCUUCUCGUGGUCCACGCGCUGGUGGUACUUGAGCUCGCUGAUGCCGGGGAAGGUCUCCUCGCAGUAGCGGCAGCGGAAGCGGUGGCCGGGGCUGUAGGGCAGCUGGUGCUCGCUCAUCUGGUGGUUCCGCAGCAGGUGGGCCAUCUUGAAGGUCUUCCCGCAGUGCGCGCACUCGUACUUGGUCAGCAGCUGGACGCACUGGUGGCGCACGCGCUCGUGCGGCGAGCGGAACUGGCAGCCGCACUUGGUGCAGACGUGCGCGGCGUUCUUGCACUUGCGCUUGCGGUGGGCCGACAGGUGGGUCUCGGUGCGGAAGGCCUUCCCGCACUGCGAGCACUUGUAGGGCUUGACCGCCGUGUGGAAGCGCUGGUGCUCCAGGAACUCGAAGCGGUACUUGAAGCUGCGCCCGCACAGCGGGCAGUUGUGCGUGACCCGCCCGCGCGGGUACACGGCUUUGACCGGGGUCUUCCUGGAGGAGGACAGGGCGGCGGGGCAGGUCCGGACCCCCGGGGCGGCCUUCCGGUGCGGAGCCCCGCCCAGCAGCUUGGCCAUGUCCGCCCCUCCGGCCUCCCGGUGGCGCUGCUGGUGUUUGGCCAGGCUCUUGGAGGAGAUGAAGCUCUUGCCGCACUGCUGGCACUGGUAGGGCUUGUCGUGGUCCACCUGCUGGUGGUACUUCAGGUCGCCGAUGCCCGAGAAGCCGGCGCCGCAGUGGCUGCACUUGAACAGGCGGCUCUGCAUGUGGGUCAGCAGGUGCUCCUUCAGCCCGCUGGACUUGGGGAAGCUCUUCCCGCACUGGCCGCACUCGUGGUGGCGGCCCCGCUUCGGGCAGCGGUGGCGGAACUUGUCCAGCGAGGUGGGGAAGCUGUCCCCGCACUUGAUGCAGAGGUAGGCGGCGUUGCGGCACUUGCGGAGCCGGUGGCCGGCCAGCAGGGUGGCGGUCCGGAAGGCCCGGCCGCACUGGGAGCAGUGGUAGGGCUGCAGCCCGCUGUGGACCCGCCGGUGCUCCACCAGGACGGAGUGGUGCUUGAAACACUUGUCGCACUCGGGGCACCUGUGGACCCCCGGCGGCUGCUGCCGCCCGCGGGGGGGCGGCGAGACGUCGGCCCCUUUGGGGGAUUCGGGAAAGUCGGCGGAGGUGGACGGGUUGGUGGACAGCUCCUCGUCGAACAUGACGAUCUGGGGGACCUCGCCGUUUUCGUCGUCGCAAUUGCUCGGGUGGGAAGCGAUGGCCACCUCCAGGGAUGGCGGGAGGGACAGGGAGGGGAUCAGGAGAUCGUCCGACUGAAAGUGAGCUGCAGGGGGAGAACGGCGGAGAGAAAAAUGAAUAAAAAGCCCCAUGUGUGGAACUCCAGCACCGUCUUAAACACCCACAAACACACCGACGGUGGUCUUUGCCAGCUUCCCGUGGCACUGCUUGCUCUGGAGGAGGAAUUUAAGGUCGUCCCCGUUUGA